CUCUUUGAUAUCAGAGAGGUGGAGAAAGGAAUGCGAAAAUGGAUACUAGUGAAUGUUCAUUUUGAUUUUUACAGGGUAUGAAUGGUGAAUUAUGAAAUGGCGAACCUAAAUUAUGCCUGGAGUUCAGCAUUUGACUCUACAGAGAGUGUCAGCAUAGAUCUCCCACGAGAACCUACUCCACUUAAACAACAAGCGGCAAAACAUGAUGGAGGACAGACUUACAAUAUACUACCAAAUAGCCUUAAUGCUAAAAUCAGGGACAGUGCUAGGAUGGAUCGCUGCAAGGAUAAUGGUGCUAAGGAGGAUGGAAUGGGCUGUGUCACAGGGAAGAAUAAAUUUAAUUGGACAAGGUUAAGACAGGAAUUUGGCCCCCGGGGUUCAGUUUGUUUCACGGAGUAUGGCUACAAGUUACCCGAUGUGUUUAAAAUAGACCUGCCAUAUUAUAACAAAACUAAGCCAAUCCUCGGAACUACCCACACAAAAUGGAGUGAAUCUGGGUCAGGUUUAUCCGACAUUUCCUCUGUAUCAACUCUUAUGGAGCCAAGCCGAAGGAAGUACAAAACCCCCAUGCAACGUGCUAUUGAUACGGUUCAAAGGUCAAAAAAAUAUGACCGACGCUAUGUUGAUAAAACAACACUGUCAUCACCUACAUCUCCAGUCUCGGCAUCACCAACACGUAGCCCAUCUGGCGCAAAAUCACUUCCAGAAUGCUUCAUUAGGAGAAAAAGUAGCAUUGGCUUUUUAUGUGAGCUCAAAAUUCAGACCAAGGUCGUUAAUAGUGACCAAGGGUCAGACCAUAGUUUCAGAUGGCGUCCAAAAUCCAUGAUAUCACGAGCAACAUCUGGUGAUGGUUCUAGUAUAUCAGUCACCAUUGAGAAAAAACAACCAAGAACUUAUGAUGAUGUUGUAGCAGAUGAACCAAUUGUUGACCAUAAUUUUGAAACUGAUGAUGACACAAAAUCAUUAACAAUCUACGAUGACGAUGACAAACAAUCAAUCACUUCAACAUCAGUUGAGAAAAGAGUAACAUUUCAAAGUUAUGAAACAGGAAGUGAAGACCUACCUCAAAAUGAUAAUUCACCAAAAGUUCCAGUCCUUAUUGAUAAAAGUAAAGUGCAGGAAAGUGAACAACAAAAACGUUACAAGCAAACAUUGUUAACAAAGAAUCCCAAUAAUGGUCAGACCAGAAAAAACUGGGAUAAUCAUACAAGAAUCAAAAGUGCUGGACUAGCUAUAAACCUGAGAAAACAGAAAAACAGAAAACCUGACCCUAACAACAAUCAAACCGUUGGAAAUGUAACCCAAUCUCAAAAUAAAUCAAUACAAGAUAUGAGAAUUCCUAUGAACUCAAAAUCACUUCAUCCAGUCACAGAUGGAUUAAGGACAAAUAAACAGAAUUUUUCUAACCCAAGAGUUAUAAGGAUGGGGGACAUGAAUGUGGUUAAAGUUUGGCCUCGUGUGUAUAAAAGUAAAACAGACAUUAUAUACAGAAAUCCAGCACAUGUAGCUGUCAAUGAUAAACUUUCUCCACGUUCCCAAUACUCUAAGAAUAACCAAUUCACAGGAACAUGUCAAAAAUGUUAAAAGACCCCAUUCACUUUUGGAUAAAAUAACUCAUA